UUAAAAUGCGUCCGUGGUCACUUCAUCCAUUUUAUCAAUGAAAUGAGCCCAAAACAGAAACAAACCCUAGCUGCGAAUCUCGGACUCGUCAGUAUUCAGCCGUCUCCAUCCGGCAGAUCUCGUUUUGUCCGAUGGGCGGCUGCUGCAAGUGCAAUCUGCAUCAGAUGGGUUCAAAAUUCAUUCGCUACCAUAAUACAAGGCAGAUGAACAAGUUUUCCAUGUCUAGUAUUGCUGCUACAAGCUGUGAGAAAAUAAGGCCACGAAGAGCAAAACAAAUAGCGGUAAAUUGGGGCCAUUACUUGCGCAGGUAUUUCUAGUAGACAGGGAGAGAGAGUGCCUAAGGACAGUCAUAUAACUGAAGUUUGAAAAAAAAUUAAAAUAAUAAGAUAAUGUUUCUGUUUUGAAAUUCAUAAAUGGGAAACUAUUGAUUAUUAACUGGAGAGCAUUUUUCCAAUGAAAACUGUAUCAGAUUAGAUAUGAAUGCAGUUUAAUACUGAAAAUUUGGUGUUUUGUGCUUAAGAAUUGAGGCAAUUCAAUGGUCCAAGUCUCGCAGCAAGGUUGAUGGUGUUCAAAUUGAUUAAACCUAUCAUGUAAUGGAAUAAAUAUUGUACUGGAUUUGAAGAUCUGUAAUGUAGUUCUUUCUUUGUGAUUUAGAAAAUGUAUGUAUGUUUUUUGUAUGGAUAUGGUUGAUUCAAUCAUAAAAACAAAGAGCGCAGGCCAGGUGGAAGCUGCAGGAACCUUGAUUGUUGCAGUUGGAAUUUGGAACUUGGAUUGCAUUUACAUGUGCUGCUCUUUCCAUCCUGAUGAAGCUUCACAUUUAAGGAGUCUCAUUGUUUUUAUGAAUUUGUGGGGUUUCUUAUCACUCAUGGUACGUUCAGUUUCUGUUAUGGAAUAAUAGUUUUAUAGAAUCAUGUUGAAAGAUUAUACUUGUCACAAUGAUGGUAAAGGAUUAACUAUCCACAUAUGUACUAUUCAUCGAGCAUUGCCCUUGUUUAAUAGAUGUGUCUAAAAUUUUAAUGUUCCCCUGUUGUUGUCCUUUUAAAGACGUGUUUACGCCUUUUUAUACUAAAUGUUUAUCAAAGGCAUUUUUUCCGCCCUCUUUUUGUAUUUGGGAAGUGUAACCCUGAAAGGACAUUGGAGGCUAUAUAUAGCCCCUGAUUCCCUCUUAAAGCAUCCACCGGCGAGAACCUUUAGAUUUACACAUCUUCGUCCAUCUCCUCAGGUAUGUUUUUGGUUGUUCUAGGUUUUUUCGCUUUAUGUUUUGUGAGAUUUUUCGUGUCUUGCCUUUACAAUUUUUUAUAUUCAUGUUGCUUUAGUUGUAUUCUUUUCCAAUGGCGUUUCUUCGCCUUGUAGUUUACCGUCAUGUUUGAAUCAGUUUUCACGAUCUACUAUUUUAUUUUUACCUUUUUGUUUCGAUGUUUUUUUUGUUUAUUGAUUCAUUUUUUGUAUGGAAAUAUGAGUAGAUUUCUUAAGUUGGUGUAGCGACUGUUAUUGUUAGGGAAAUUAUGAUUCAACACUAAAUUGAGUAGAUCUAUGAAUAUAUCCAAGUUGUUUUGAUUCUUCUUUUUUUCUUUCUUUAUAUGGGAUAAAUGUUAAAAUUUCUCAAUAUGAUGAAUUUACUUUGAAUGGUUAUUUUUUCAAAAAUUGCAUCUAAUUUAUGGAUUGUGAGCAAAGUACUGUUGCAAGCUAUUAACAUUGCACAAGCACGAGCACACAUCUCCACAUUGUCCUGUGCUUUAUGGGAUGCGUUUGCAGCAAGGUACAUCUUCACUUUAAAAAACAUGAAUCUAUAUGUUUCUUUCUUGUUGGUGGAAAAUAUUUAUGGAGGGGGAUUUUCAAGUCAUGCAAACUGUACCAUGGGUAUGUUAUAUAAACAUUCAAGAUAAACUUAAAGAUUAAAAUUAUUCUAGAGGGCAUUAAUUAGAAACAAUUUCAAGUAUUUUUUACAUGUGUGCUCUUAUGCACUCUUGAAUGUUCUUAUUUUCAUUGACCAUAACUUUUAUCUUAUAUGGAUCUCAUGUAACUGCUUUUUUAGCUCUUAGAUUAAUCAAGGUGAAAAAAACAAAUGGAUUAUAGAGGCAUAGAGUGUUCUGAGUGCUCAAUCUCAAAUCUAAUCCAGAAAGAGCCACCGAUAAGCCGUUUUUUCCUAGUAUUGUAUGCUGACUUCUCACAAGCACUGUACUUGCCAUCUGCAUUUGCGGCAAGAGUGGUGCACUUGGCAGGUAAAGAAAUUGAGCUAGAGGAUAUGUGUGGGCAGAGAUGGCCUGCGACUCUUUCAUUUGUUGGCCGUACGUUAUCAUUAGUGAAGGGAUGGAGUAGUUUUUAUAGAGUCCAUGAUCUCAGGAAAGGAUAUGUCUUGGUAUUUACCUACAUAAAAGGGAGUCAUUUUCAUGUUCAAAUAUAUGCCAAAACUGCCUGUGAAAGAACCAAGUUAAGCUAUGAAAGGCCCCAGACAAACAAUCAUGGCUGCACUCAUUCAGCUCCUGAAAACAGAAGUGUUGAGGGGACGUCCAAAAGUAAGGGGGGCCCUGUUUCCAAUAUCAAGAAUGGUGCAGGAAAUGGAAAAGGAAAAGAAAAAGAAAAAGAGCCAAAUAUUGGAAAGAAGAGGACGCCCAGUGAUUCUAAUGCAGCCCCAUCUGUGGGUACAAGUGGCAACCCUGCAAAGCCGAGGAGGAUGCGUGGAAAGAAGAAGCCGCGUGAAGGUAUCCGAAAGGGGACAAGGGGGGAUGCAUAUGGGCUUUCGAAGCCUGCCAAUCUUGAAGCAUGCUACAAGCCUGUUGAGCUUGUAAGUCUCCCGAGGGUGCAACGGGAACGUGGGGAAGGGGAGGCAACGGUAGCAGGAAUAGGUGCCGGUGUCAAAAGAGCUGAUCCAUCUAACAAUGGGUACAAGAUAGAUCCAACCUAUUUGAAGUCUCUGGGCUCAAAGCCACCAGGAGUUUAUUGAUGGAAACUUGGUACUGAAGAUCUUUGCAAAUCUCCCAGGCAGGCAACUAUCCUCUAGUGUUAUUUUGGGAAUUAUUUCUGGUUUAUGCAUAUCACUAUUAUUAUUUGUUGAAUUAUUAUAUUGGAAUUGUGGGGAGGAGUGGGCACUCAUUCAUGUUCAUAUUUAUAUUUCCAUUGCAUGGAGUGUUGUUUGGAUAUCUUUUGUUAGGUUUUUGUGGGAUCGAGUGGUUGGAGGUAUGGUUUUCUCGAUUUGUUGAAUUGUAAUGACAUUAAAUCUUGCAUUUCAUUUUAUUUGGUGAAGUUGUUGGAAUUGAGUGAUUG